AUGGACAGCAUGGGGUAUGACAAGGCGCUGCAUCACUUGGAAGGCACCGGCUCAAAGUUUGCGAAGGAGACGCGUGUUCGCUUGCGAGAGUUGGAAGCCAAGGUCAGCACAGCGGUCUCGUUAGAGCGAGCCCUCGAGCAAGCGCAAAGGCAACGUAGAAUCAAGGAGGGUAGCCGCACGUUUCAAACGAUCCUCACCGCUGCUGCCUUUCCCGUGGACGACGUAGACGGGGCUCCGUCGGUGUCAGCAAGACGUAGGGCAGCGGCGCUGGGGGUUCGCGAGCAAGCCUUCAACUUUGCGGCGGAGCGUGCCAAGAAAUUGCUGUCCGAUCUCCAACCAACCGAGGCGAUAAAGCGCGGUGUCUACUGGUGUCACGCCAGCAUGGCAACUCAGAUGAGCGCGACAUGUGGAAGGAGAGCAAGUCUCCGACAACUCACCGCCACCCUCGGCAGCAGCUCACCGAGCCGGGUGGGGGGCGAGGCGGUGUACGCCAAGAUCCUCAGCUGGGCGUCCUACAAGGGCUUCAAGGAGCGACAGAGCGACAACUUCACGGACCCUGACCGUACGCUCUUCCUCUCGACGCAUUGCAAGUGCCUGGUCCUCCCUGCAAUGGAGCAGUGCGCGUGCAAGAUCCACUCGCAGCAGGUGCUAUACAUCGAGGCACUAGCCAAUGUCGACAUGCCCAGCCACGGGGAAUGCGAUUGUCGAUGGUGCAACGUAGAUGGCGGCCGCAGGUGGCGGGAGACGUGGAAGCAUAUGGGCACUUUCUCCGAUGCAAUUGCCUGCCCCAAGGUCAACUUGCGGGCAGCGGACCUGGAGGGUGACAGUUGGAUGGGGCGGAAACCGGAGUGCAACGCUUUGGACUGCGCUAUGUGUGGGUUGGGGGGGACUGACGGCAUUCCCAUCUGCAGCAAGCUGGAGACCUCCGAGCAGACGGUGGUGUGGAAGAUGUUCGAGGACGUGAUAACUGUGCCUGCAUCAGCGGAUGGGAAGAUAAAGGCCAAGAAGCUCGCCAACCACACCGUGCCGAAGGAGGGCAAGCUUUGCGAUCUUUGGUUGGCUUUCAAAGAACACACCAAGCUGUACAUGGCUCACCACUCUAUCGCUAAGUGGCAAAGGCACUGCCACGGGCGUUGCUUGGAGACGUUUCAUGACGGUGACCUUGUCAUCGAGACCGACUUUGCCGAGAAGUAUACCCACCAAUCUUACAUCAGCAUGAUGAUGCCUGUUUACCCGCAGACAACGCUCAUGGCGGCCAUCGUCCACUUCAACCUGCAGACACACGUGGGGGGUGGCAGGGUGCACGUGACGGAAACAUGGAUCUCUGCAUCUGAGGACAUGGCACAUGACUGCGAUUUCCACCUCCACCGCUUGGCCAGGAUGGUGGACCACUACCUGCGUGGAGAUGGGAGCGAAGCAACAGCUGCCGCCCGGAAAGAAGGCAGGACGCCUCGGAUCCACAUCUUUACCGAUGGGUGCGGGAAGCAGUAAAAGGGAAGGCGGAAUUUCCGCUUUUUGGCCGACAGCGUCCGGAAAAUUGGCUUCUUCAUUGACCACCACUUCGCGGCCACACCUAACUUCAAAGGUUGCCAUGGUGGGAUCGGCGGAGUCGCAAAGAACGCC